AUUCGAGCUUCUGCACCCUAAAUAUCUAGUCCUGGAGUGAUGAGGAACUGCGCAACACAAGCAACAAACAUCACCCCGAACCGCCAAGCCUAAAUAUGGCUUCCGCAACCCAGGAUCAAAUGCCCCAACCGACGAUUUCGGGAUACAAUGUGGAAGAAGAAAGGUCAUUCCUCCCCGCAGAGGAUGUGCCGCCUGUCGAACCAUCAAGCGCCGGCUCAUCACAGGAGCUUGACCCUUCGUCAGAUGACGACGGAGAUGGAAGCGAAAGCCCCGAAAACCGUGCUAUGAGCCUCGCUGAGGAGCUCAGAGCUGAGAUGCUGCGUGAUGAGAUCAAAGCGAGCGCCUACAUGCCUUUACACGUUCUCCGUGCCGUCAUGACACGAGAUAGGGUUAUGGAUGAGCUGAAGAAACACCAUUUCGGCGAAGAAGAGGUGCAGAAAUUUGCCAAUCUCAUCUGCCCCGAGGAAUCGGACGGCCCAGAAGGCGUCUACACUAGGGUCUUCGCCGCACUGGCUCGGCUGGACAAGUGCCAGGACUUUGACAGGUUUGUCAGCGAAGGCCUGUCUGACGAUAAGCUGCCUCUGAGACGAAAGGAUGGCUCUGCCAAAACAAGGAGCAGGUUCCCACUGGUCGACGCUGCGAAGCCGUCGAAGGAAAUACAAGCAUGCAAGCAUUGGACUGCAGACAACAGAGAGAGGUUCUAUGAGAUUCAGAGGGAAUUUCUCGUGCAUUUCUUCAGGCACCGGCCGGAGCGCGAUGGAGCCACGGCCUCGGAAACAGCAAGAGGGCCGCGGUCUGCCCUUAUUGAGGAGAUAAUGGACACAACAUAUCUCCCGUGGAAAGAGAGGCGAAUGAGGACGACACCGGUCGCAGGGGCGCCCUCGCUCAACCCUAGUGCUAGCAUGAGCAGCUCUUAUGCCGGUGGUGCCUACGGGUCGGUUGCACCGUUCGAGAUCGAGGACAAGGACCAUAAUUUUGGGCCACUCCUCGACAGCAUCGGCCUCGACGGCAAAGUCUUCGCCGUCAAGACCCUCCGGCGGAUCCCCCGCUUCUGCGACAGGCCGGACCAGCCCCCGCGGGACGAGACAGACGACGAGAUGCGGCGGCGCUUCCGCCAGGAGGCCGAGGUCCUGUGGCGGCUGGACGGCACGGUGCACCCGCACCUCCUGACGAUGCUGUCGGCGCUCGCGCACGACGACGGCCACCUGCAGCUGCGCCUGAUCUUCCCGUGGGCCGAGUGCGACCUCGUGGGGCUGUGGGAGCUCGGCGACAAGUCGUGGGGGUGGGGCGCGGAGGCGUUCGAGUGGAUGGCCGAGCAGGUCGACGGCCUCCUCGGCGCCGUGGAAAGGCUCCACGAGCCGGACCACCUGCACCACGGGCUGCUGGAGCAGGGUGACCGGCGGUACGGGCUGCAUGCCGACAUCAAGCCGGACAAUAUACUGCUGUUCCGGUCCCGGAGGCACCCGCGUGGGAUACUGGUGCUCUCUGACUUUGGGCUGUCGUCGUUCCAUCGCGAGGUGACCAGGUCUAACAUCCCCAACCAUCUGGUCAUGGGGACUCUGGGGUACAGUCCGCCGGAGUGUGAUGUCGAGGGGGGCUUUGUCUCUCGUCGAUAUGAUAUCUGGACGCUAGGCUCACUCUUCUUGGAUAUGCUGACUUGGCUGCUCGGGGGCCACAAGCUGCUGGAGCAAUUCCAGCAUUUUGCCGAGAUUCAAUACAUCACUGGGGGGCUGCGGAAGAUGUUCUACCAGAUACUGGAGCUCGAAACCCAAGGACCUGACUCCGUCCACAUCAGGGAUAGCAUAAUCAAGGGCACCAAACAGGAGAAGUGGUACGGAGUUCAACUGAACCCCAAACUAGGCGAGUGGAUCCAGCGCCUCAAAGCUCGGGAGGGAUGCUCCGGAUUCGUGGCAGACACGCUGGACCUCAUCGAAACCAAGAUGUUGAGACUUAUUGCCGCCGAGAGAUCCGACUCAAAGCACCUAAAGAGGGAGAUGGGCAAGAUCGUGGCACGAUGCUCCUCCCGCCCUGACUAUGUCUUCAACGGGAAGCCAAAGCCCCAACCGGGAGCCAGUCAAGGCCUCUCGCCGUCUCUCGGCACCAGCCUCAGAGUCACGACCCCUAUCUAUCUGACAACGCUCAAGGACGAGUCGCGCGAGCACAUGAGGUCGAACCACCAGACUCUGCGGCUGCCUGUUCACUCGGUUACCAAACAGGAUUCGCUGCUCCCAAGGUCACAGCACAUCUGAGGUGUCUCUGUUGGGGGCAAUAUGUGAUGAAAAGACACAUUUCGAUAUUCUUCCUGCUGUUCCAGGCGGACUAGAUCCUCGGUGAAGACACGAAUUAUCUUCCUCUGACUAGUUCGUUGUGCAACCAUUCCUAGCUAUGUGCCCUAGGUAGAAUCGCAUGGCCAACAUUAGGGACUGCUGGUGGCCCUAGGAUAUAGACCCAUGUCAAUAGAAUGGUGUGUCAACGGAUGCUCAUGGUGGACACCCACGGGCAGACAGUGUGAUUGCCUUUGGAGGUUUCAAUCUUUGUUGACAUUUGAC